CGGCAUUCGAAACCCUAGGCUAUUGUCUCUCUGCUACCAUCAGCUGCAGAUCGGGGCUGACGACGCAGGCAGUGAAGAACCAUGGUUCACGUCUCGUUUUAUCGUAACUAUGGGAAGACAUUUAAGAAGCCACGUCGUCCCUAUGAGAAGGAACGACUGGAUGCUGAGCUGAAACUUGUUGGAGAAUACGGUCUCAGGUGCAAGAGGGAGUUGUGGAGAGUGCAAUAUGUACUGAGCCGCAUUAGGAACAAUGCAAGAAAUCUUUUGACUCUUGAUGAGAAAGACCCCAAACGUCUUUUUGAGGGCGAGGCACUUCUGAGGAGGAUGAAUAGGUACGGAUUACUGGAUGAGAGCCAGAACAAGCUGGAUUAUGUGUUGGCUCUCACUGUCGAGAACUUCCUUGAGCGCCGCCUCCAAACCCUUGUGUUUAAGGCUGGUAUGGCCAAGUCCAUCCACCAUGCUAGAGUGCUUAUUAGGCAAAGGCAUAUCAGGGUUGGAAGACAGGUUGUGAAUGUGCCCUCCUUCCUGGUGCGGGUCGACUCCCAAAAGCACAUUGACUUCUCUCUCACAAGCCCAUUUGGCGGUGGUCGUCCUGGCAGAGUGAAGAGAAGAAACCAGAAGGCUGCUGCAAAGAAGGCUGCUGGAGGUGACGAUGAGGAUGAUGAAGAGUAGAUCUAAAAUUUACUAGAAGACGAUGCCCCUGGUAAGUCGUUGAGAGAGACGCUUCUAUCUAGUGAUAUGUUUGGUUUGAAGGUCCUUUUUGUGUUUAAGCUAUUUGGAAUUAGAGCUUACCUAAAUCUUUGGCAUGUUUAUCGAACCUUUGGUGUUAUUUUAUGGCUUUGGACAUCUAUGUAUUGAACUGAAAUUUUGGAUCUUGUUAUUUACAGGCAAUCUGUUUUAAUUUA